AUGAAGUUCAACGUUGUCGUCGGCCUGGCUGCCGCUCUUGCGAUGACCCCCAACGCCGUUGCUUUCAACCUGUUCGCCCGUCAGGAUGCCACUCCCACCACUGGUGCUGAGCCCUCGGGCACCAUCGCCAGCGGCUUCCCCCAGGGCUCCGGCAGUGUUGGCGGCUCUUUUCCCUCCGGCGGUGCUGGCGGCUCGUUCCCUUCUGGCGGCGCUGGCGGUUCAUUCCCUUCCGGCGGUGCUAGUGGCUCUUUCCCCUCGGGCGGUGCCCAGAGUGGCUCCCGGGGUGGUUCUCGGGGCGGUUCUCGGGGCGGCUCUGAGGAUGACUCCGAGGGUUCCUCCAAUGCGCAGGAGUCUGGCCGUCCUCGCCCCUCCGGCACCAUUUCGGGUAGCCCCUCCGGCGUUGCUGGCGGCUCCUCUCAUUCCGGCGGCUUCGGCGGCUCUUCUACCUCCGGCGGUGCUGGCGGCUCAUUUCCUUCUGGCGGCGCUGGCGGUUCAUUCCCCUCGGGCGGUGCUAGUGGCUCUUUCCCCUCGGGUGGUGCCCAGCCCAGCGGCGCCGUCAGUGGCCAGAGCCAGGGAGGCCAGAGCCAGGGAGGCCAGAGCCAGGGAGGCCAGAGCCAGGGAGGCCAGAGCCAGGAAGGCCAGAGCCAGAGUGGCGAGGGCGAGAGCAGCGGAAGCCAGGGCUUCCAGAAGCGGCAAGAGAGCCAGGAAUCCCAGGAGGGUCAAGACGGUGCCUCCCCCUCUGGUGCUCCUCAGCCCAGUGGUAGCUUCGGUGGCUCUGGUGGCCAUGGCCACGGCGGUCCGACUCCUACUGGUAUUCCCUCUGGUACUCCUACUGGUGGUUUCCCCUCCGGCACUCCUCCUGCUCCCUCUGGCGGUGCUGGCGGCUUUGGAUCGGGCAGCUUCCCCACUGGUGAACCUCAGGGUAGCGGCUCCUUCGGUGGCUUCGGCCAGGGUGGUCAGUCCGGUGUUCCCACUAUCUCGGUUGCCCUUCCUACUGGCUCCGCUGCUCCCCAGAGCGAAGGAAACCAGCAAUUUGAGCGUAUUCACGCUCGCCAGAUUCGCCCCCUCUGGGCUUAG